CACAGGCAUAUUUCAGAAAAAGUAUCAGUUGUUCAACAAUUCAACCGAAUUCAACAUGAAACUGUUUAUCAUCGCCGCUCUCUUGGCUGCUGCCGUCGCAGCUCCUUCCGGUUACAAGACCGAGGAGAAGAAAUACGAGAAGGACUACAAAUACCCAGAGAUCGUCGUCACCAGCCAAUCUGAUGAGCGCAAUCUCGAUGGCAGCAGCCAAUGGAACUACGCCCAGUCUGACUACACCACCCGUGAAGAAUCCCAAGUCCAGAAGAAGAUGCAAGGAGUUAAAUACGAUUCUUACGGAAAGGCCACCUACGAGGAUGUUAUGGGCAACACCAACAAGGGAUCUUCCUACUGGGUUUCACCUGAAGGCGAGAAAUUCACUUUGACCUGGACCGCUGAUGAUGCUGGAUUCCAGCCCAAGGGUGACCACUUGCCCGUUGCUCCCGUCCACGUCUACGAACUCCCCGUUGCCCCCGUCCAUGAAUACGAACUCCCAGUCGCCCCCGUCCACGAAUACGUUCUCCCCGUUGCCCCAGCUCUCCCCUACUCUCGUACCGGACCCGGCUAUUAAAUUAUUAAAUAAUUGUUUGUUUAUCAAUGUAUCCUAUGUGAUAUAGAAUACUUUUGUACAAUAAAAGCAAAAUAUCGACCAA